AUGUUUUAUUUUAUAUCAGCAGACUGGUAUGCAGAUACUGGGGCUGCACUUCGCAGAACUACCAAGUCUCAACAGACGGAUCAGAGAGCACCACAACAACAGGAGGAACAGCCUCCAACCCCUCUGUCUCCUGGAUCCAGUGCAGCACCUGCUGCAUCCCCACCACCUCCACUUCCUGGAUCAAGUGCAGGACCUGCUUCACCACCUCCACUUCCUGGAUCAAGUGAAGGACCUGCUCCACCCCCAUCACCUCCGCUUCCUGGAUCAAGUGCAGGACCUGCUCCACCCCCACCACCUGCACUUCCUGGACCAAGUGCAGGACCUGCUCCACCCCCACCAACUCCACUUCCUGGAUCAAGUGCAGGACCUGCUCCACCCCCAUCACCUCCGCUUCCUGGAUCAAGUGCAGCACCUACUGCACCCCCACCAUCUCCUCCGGUUCCUGGAUCAAGUGGAGCACCUGCUCCACCCCCACCACCUCCUCCACCCCCACCCCCACCCCCACCACCUCCUCCUGCUCAGCAGAGAUUAAUUAUUGCAAAAGACUCGAAAAUAUUUCAAAUGGAAGUUACUUGCUGUUUGGAAUUUUUAAGUUUAGUUAGAUGUUCUGAAGGAAAAUUCCUCAAUGAAACUAAUAAUUUGUAUGACAGAAUUCUGUGCCAUGAAGCUGUGUUUAACCUCAUAGUGGAUGACUCUGCCUAUCUUUGUCCUCAGUACAGUUCAGUACAAUUCUAUAAGGACAUAAACAACACCAAACAUAACAAAGAUACAGAACAGUAA